AUGGCAAAAACCUCCAAGGCUCACAUAUUGCCUGAGAGCUUUGGAAUAAUGCCGUUUACAGAGAGACAAAUUAAAAGAAACAAGAAGCGACGGCGGCAGAGAAGUUCCACCUUGCUUUUCUUUGUCUUCAUCCUUUCCACAGGACCACAGCUCGUAUCCUGUUUUAUUUGCCGGUCACCCCCAUCGGGAGCUUUCAGUCGACAUCAAAGUAGGGCAUUUCAAGCAGUAAGGAAUAAUCCCGGGAGUGGCGAUAAGAGUGGUGACUCAAGGCAGCACCCUUCUUCGAAGCGAAACGGCCGGUCCCACAAAUCGAUCAACAAAAGUUCGGAAAGCAAGAGCAGGGCAAUAGAUGCACUUUCACAACCAAACUCUGAAGGAGAAAAUUCGCAAUCCAAAAGAAGCAGGAAUUCUAGAAAAAGCAGGCGCAAGAAUCCUAGAGGGAGGUAUGAAAAACCAAACGAGUCUCAAUCUCCCAAAGCACCACUGAAAGCAAAACAAAAACAACCAAAACCACCAAAGAAGGAAAAGAAAUCUGAGUCUUUGGAUUCGUUACUGCUCCCACCACUUUCAGAUCCAUCCAAGAGUGCAAUAGGAAAGGCAGAAGAUCCAUUGCAAGGUGGCCUCUCUUCUUGGGAAGAUUUUCUUUCUGUCGGGAAUGAACGAACGAAAGAAUCAUCACCAAAUUUACCAAAAUAUUCCAAACCGAAGAGUCCCAAUAAUAAAGGUAGACGGCAAGAGGAUGGCAAAGGGGCGGAAAAGUUUCUUCCCUCGGAUGGCGGUGUCACACAAGAGCUUCCUGCGAUUUCUGACUUGUUUCCAACAGGCAUGUAUACAAAAGCAAAAUCCUUGAAAGGGAAAGAUGUGGAAAUUGAUACAUCCCCCCCUUCAUUAGACGGAGUACUACCUGUGAGUGAUCUCUUUUACCGUUCUUCCCAGUCUAUGAACGACGAUGAUGACUUUGCACAUGAAGAUGAUGAAUUGCCAUUCUCAGCAGAACAAUCCGACCAGCUGACUACUGUCCACAACAAGAUCAAAGUACGGCGGAACAAAGCCAAGGGCGGUGGUGCCAGAUCACGGGACAAAAUGAAGCGUAAAUCAUAUAAGCAUAGAAGAAUGGUCCGGCGUGGAAUGGAAAUGUUGGUUGGUGGAGUCCCAAUCAAUGCCGAUCCUCCGCAGCGCUACAUGGAUCUCGUCUACAAUGCAAAAGCGGUCAACUGGAGUGAAACUGUGGUGACCAAUUCUCGAGACUUUGGGCCGAUCUUCCAUUCGUCCAGCGUAGCACAGCUAUCAGAUGUGGAAAGGGGCUUGUUUUGUGAGCACUUUGUGAAAAAGACAAUGAAAUGGGAUGUGUGCCCAGACGACCUGAUGAGCAUCGCAAAUGACCACCUUUUGAAUAGACCUGACGUCGAUGACCAAGACUUAAAAGAUGGAGCGGAUGAUUCAGACACAGCCAAAUCGAGCUCGUACAAUGAUGCUCGUGAGGAAAAAGCUGACAAUUGGGUGAACGCGGAAAGAACAGAAACGUCAACUGGUAACUUUGGCACGUUGACGAGCUUCAAAAAUUCUCUUGGUGCUGACGCUAAGCACCUUGAUCCCAACGGUGACCCUCGUCUUGGUGGAGAAAUUGUGUUUUCGAUUGGUGUCUCUAGCGAUGAUUUGCAAACUUGCACACCCGCUGAUGCCCCUGUUUUGGAGCGAGUGUUGGCAAAGGGUAUUGUCGAUGCAAUAGACUUGACAGGAUUUGAAGUCAGUUUUGAGAGUCUUGAUUUCAAGGACAGGGAAGAUGGGGCAACGCGAAUUUCAGGAAGUUUUGUGCUGUCGUUGGAGGGCUCGGAAUCAAUGACGCCCAGAGAAAUGGAGAAGAGAGCAGGGCAAAUCAACAAUGCCCUAGCUCUUGCGAUGGACGAAGGAGAUGUUCAGCUUGCCAUGGCUGCUGCCGCAAAAGAAGAAUCAGGAUGGCCUGAGGAGAUCCGUAACCGAGUAGUGGAAGAGUUUCUCUUUGAUGACGAUGACGGAGAUGGUCCCCUCUAUCAGUACGGUGAAGGAUCCGAUGAAGAAUCCGAUGAAGAAUCCGAAGAAGAAGGAGUCGGCGAGAAGAAGGCAGAGCUUUCGUCAACAGCCAGAGCCAAGAAGGAAUCCAGCGGACCAAGCUCUUUGGACGUGACAAAUGACAUAAGGGAUACCUAUGACGGACCGUUUGGAAUGCCUGGAAGCAAGACAUACAAUGCCGAUGAUUUGUUCCUAGGGGGUGGAAAUGAUGGAGUGUUUUGGAAUUAUUCGGAGGAAAAUAUUCAAGGCGCACCAUACGGAGGGCAACUUGGUUUGAGACUAGUGGACGCAGUUACACAGCGGGCAACAGAACGACAACCAAGGGUGAUUGCAAUUGGUGAUGUCCAUGGUUGUAUUGAUGAAUUACAAGCUUUGUUACGAAAAUGUGAUUAUCGACCUGGGGAUCUGGUUGUUUUCUUGGGUGAUCUGGUCAGUAAGGGUCCUGACAGUAUCUCUGUCGUCCAAAUGGCACGAGAGAUUGGUGCAAUCGGUGUCCGGGGUAACCAUGAUUUCGAAGUUGUGCGAUGGCAUCAGGCGAUCAAAUCUGGGGUUGACCCACCAGUGGUUGGUUCCGAACACUUCCACAUUGCUUCGUGCUUGAGCAACGCAGACAUGAAGUGGAUGUAUAGUCUACCUUGGUACAUCUCGAGCAAAGAGCUUAGCACUCUAUUUGUUCAUGCUGGUUUUGUGUCUGGGAUUCGAUUGGGCAAACAAAAUCCUCGUCUGAUGAUGAACAUGAGAAGUAUACUUCCUGAUGGAACUGUGACCUCUAAGUUCUUCAACAACUGGCCUUGGGCUAGACUCUGGGAUGGACCACAGACAGUCUUGUUUGGACAUGAUGCGGAUAGAGGUUUGCAACAAUACGAACAUGCGGUUGGUUUGGACACGGGUUGUGUCUAUGGUGGACGUCUCACAGCCUGCAUUCUACCAGAAAAGAGGCUUGUGAGUGUUAGUGCGAAGCGAGAAUACUUCAAGUAUCGUCGAAAGCACUACGAUUAA